AGUUAGGCGUUUAGCCAAUGUACAAAUACCUGUAAAAUGUGAAGUUAUUGGCUAUUACACAUGCUUAAACCAUUUAAUAUAUGCAGUCAAUAAAAUGUAUGAAAAAGCUAUUGAAUUUGAAGAAAGAUGUAAAAUGAAAACAUCAAGAAAAUCAUUACAAAAAUUGCAAGAUUUCCAUCAUUCUAGCUUAAGGACAACACAACCUUCUCCUUCAAAUUCUCCUCAAUACUACAAUUGUUGA